GCAUACGCCGAGUUUCCUCGAUAUCUAAUGCCACUGGUGCCAAGGACACGAUUGCAAGUUUAUUGGCAUCAUUAAUGGAGGUGGUGCGGACAACUGUUGCAUGUGAAUGUGUUUAUGUUCGUGCAAUGGUAAUAAAAGCACUGAUAUGGAUGCAAAGCCCUCACGAGUCUUUUGAUGAAUUGGAAUCCAUCAUCGCUUCAGAACUGUCAGACCCAGCUUGGCCAGCACCGUUAGUGAAUGAUAUAUUGUUAACACUUCAUGCUCGUUUCAAGGCUACUCCUGAUAUGGCAGUAACCCUUCUAGAGAUAGCAAGAAUUUUUGCCACCAAAGUUCCUGGAAAGAUAGAUGCAGAUGUGCUACAACUGCUAUGGAAAACUUGUCUUGUUGGAGCUGGUCCUGAUGGAAAACACACCGCAUUGGAAGCAGUCACUAUAGUUCUGGAUUUGCCUCCUCCACAACCUGGCUCAAUGUCUGGACUUACCUCAGUUGAUAGCGUAUCUGCCUCCGAUCCAAAGUCAGCCCUGGCAUUGCAGAGAAUGGUCCAAGCAGCAGUCUGGUUCCUUGGAGAAAAUGCAAAUUAUGCUGCCUCUGAGUAUGCUUGGGAGUCAGCUACCCCUCCAGGCACAGCAUUGAUGAUGUUAGAUGCAGAUAAAAUGGUUGCUGCUGCCAGUUCUCGUAAUCCUACUCUCUCUGGUGCUCUGACUCGACUUCAACGGUGUGCUUUUAAUGGUAGUUGGGAGGUUCGCAUAAUUGCUGCCCAGGCUCUUACAACUAUUGCAAUUCGAUCUGGUGAGCCUUAUAGGUUACAGAUCUAUGAAUUUUUACAUGCCUUAGCCCAGGGUGGUGUACAGUCUCAGUUCUCAGACAUGCAUAUUAGCAAUGGAGAGGACCAGGGAGCCAGUGGCACUGGCCUUGGAUCUUUAAUCAGCCCUAUGUUGAAGGUCCUUGAUGAAAUGUAUUCUGCGCAGGAUGAAUUGAUAAAAGAGAUGCGUAACCAUGAUAAUGCAAAAAAAGAAUGGACUGACGAGGAGCUAAAGAAAUUGUAUGAAACUCAUGAGAGGCUCUUGGAUAUCGUUUCUCUGUUUUGUUAUGUUCCAAGAUCAAAGUAUCUUCCUUUAGGGCCAACGAGCGCAAAGCUAAUCGAUGUCUACCGCACUCGGCAUAAUAUAAGUGCGUCAACUGGACUCAGCGAUCCUGCUGUAGCCACAGGUAUCUCCGAUCUUAUGUAUGAAACUACCAAAGCACAAGCUGCUGAGCCUGAAACAAUUGAUGACGACCUUGUGAACUUCUGGGCUGCAAAUCUGGGUGAUGAUAGCUUAAAUAAUGCACCUGCAAUUAACAGGGUUAAUGAGUUUCUUGCUGGUGCUGGUACUGAUGCUCCUGAUGUUGAGGAGGAGAACAUUAUUUCUAGACCCUCCAUGAGUUAUGAUGAUAUGUGGGCAAAGACUCUCCUAGAAUCUUCGGAAAUGGAGGAAGACGAUGGACGAUCAUCAGGAUCUUCCUCCCCAGACUCAGUAGGGUCAGUUGAGACAUCCAUAUCAUCGCACUUUGGUGGAAUGAACUAUCCAUCGUUAUUCAGUUCUAAGCCAUCUACUUAUGGGACUUCACAAUCCAAGGGGAAAUCUGGUGGGAGCCGAUAUAAGAAUAAUUCCUAUAGUGGCUCCUCAUACGAUGGCCUGGGAUCCCCGAUAAGAGAAGAGCCUCCACCAUAUUCAUCACCUACUAGAGAAAGAUACGAGUCGUUUGAGAAUCCUUUGGCUAGCUCUGGUUCUCACAGUUUUGGAUCCCAUGAAGAAGAGCGAGUCUCUUCAGGCAACCCACAGUCUGGUACAGCACUUUACGACUUCACUGCUGGUGGAGAUGAUGAGCUAAAUUUGACAGCGGGGGAAGAAGUGGAAAUUGAGUAUGAAGUAGAUGGCUGGUUCUAUGUCAAGAAAAAACGUCCUGGCAGAGAUGGGAAAAUGGCUGGCCUUGUCCCAGUACUCUAUGUCAGUCAAUCUUGAAGGCGCAGAGCUAUAUAUUACUAUAAAAUCCAGUUAGUAAAUUUUUGUUCUGCACAAAUUGUUGGAGCAACUUUGGCGUGUAAAGUUUCCUAUCACUAUGCACUGCUGGGUUCCACUAUAAUCAUCUGAAUUACAUGGAGCAUGAGUUCCGGAACAUAUGCUCCAUGCAUUUAUCAGAGAAACUUCUGUUUCUCCUACGUUGCCGUAGCAGAUGGUCCAAUGGAUAUAACUUAUGGUUGGUAGGGGAAGUCAUUUGGAGGUAAUUACUACAGCUUCUGCUGAUUCUAGGUGUGUGCCACAUUCGUUAACAUAUUUGGCAUUGUAUUUGCUGUUCGUGCUUAAGAACCACUUUUGUAUCUAGCAAGAACAGUUCUGGGACAGUAGUAGUACUCUUUUCGAGUGCAAGUAUCUUGAAAUUUUUCCCGGUCUUGUAUGGUGUCUUGUUAUGGAGAUUGGAAGCAUGGUUUCUAGUUCAUUCUUGUAUAUGGUGCUGGUUCUUGAUUUCUGUAGUCUCGAUAUGAAAGUUCAUAUCGUGUAUACUUAGCUGAUAUUUAGGAGUUAUUUUUUCUCGGGACUUGCAGAUUCUAUGAUGUGAUUUGAUCCUGUUAUGUGAAUUGAUUGGCAAAUUACAAAUUG